CACAGAAAUGCACACAUCAAUCAUUUUUUCCCCCCCAUACUGUCACGCUCUCCUCGCCUCCUCACUCCCGCACAUACACACACACAAGAUCAAGAUUUCAAGUUAAUCACCUUUACUACAAGGUAAAUUUAUAUUCAAUUUUAAUUUCAAAUGGCACUAUGUCAAAAGCAUGGCACGAUGCUUUGGUACUAACUUACUUUUGUUUCGCAAAAAAGCGUGAUUGAUCCAUAUUUUACCGUGAACAUCAACCGAUUCAAAAUUGAACACGGAAAUAAAAAUUCGACAACACCACAGCUCAACAGCACGGCGAACGUGCUUUCUCACACAUUGUAGCUGAUAGGCUAGCUGACGAAAAGCGUGGAGGUCUCGAACCUAAUGAGGUGCUUAUAUUAUAACUAACCGAUACAUACCACAGCUGUUUGCACAAUGAAGAAAGUAUCAGCCUUUUCUGUUUUCAAUGCCAAAAGAAAGGUUAAAGAUGAACCAUUUAUUCAGAGAAGGCCCCCCUCUGGCCUUGAGGAAAAGCAGGCAUUGCCUCUGCAGCGUGCUCAAAGUUCUCAGUCCAUGGAGAGAAGUGGAAAGAAAGACAAACUAGACAAAGAAACCACUGGAAGUGGGUCAAGGGGAAAGAGAAUUUUGAAUGCUUUGAGAGCCAGCAGCAUCAGGGAGAGUAUUCGUUUCUCUGGCAAAAAGAGUCGCCCCUCAUCUCUGACACUGAUUGACAGCAGUAGCCCUUUCAAUGGUUAUGACGACAGACUUUCUCUUGAAGGGGUGAAAAAUGGCAGUGGGGACAAAGUGAAAGGGAAGAAGAGAAUUUUGGAAGCAGCUGGCCAGAGUCCCAAACUGGACUCAACACCUGUCACCAGGAAAAGUCCCAGAGGGCAACGGAUCUUGAAAGAAGACACACCACAGCUGAGACAGCGAUCUGCCCAGACAUCAACCACUUCUCUCAAACAGAAAAUGCCUUCACCAAAAAUACCUGCCUUGAAUUUUAAUUCGGUCUCGCCAGAAGCAGAAAGCAGUUCAAAAAGUAAUGGAGUCGACAGAACCAAGCUGAAAAAAAGGAAAUCAAAUGAGAUGUCAGAAUCGGAGGGCUCAAGGAAGAAGAGACGAACUGAAAAAGGCUCGAAGACGCUAAGGACAUGGCGCAACGGCGGCACAGAAUAUCCAUACAUGUAUGACAGUACUCUAGAAGCAGCAAAGUUGUUUGAAUGCAUCAUCCACCCUGUAAAGACAGACAGAUUUUUCACAGAACUGUGGGAGAAAAAACCCUUGCUUGUUAAGCGCCACACCCCAGACUACAAUAAGGGAUGGUUCUCCACGGCUGAGUUUGACAAAAUCCUUCGCCAGGAAAAUAUACAGUGGGGUGUGAAUUUGGAUGCAACAUCAUUUGUGAAUGACAAGAGGGAUACACAUAACUUGAGUGGCAGAGCUCAUGCGCCAGUUGUGUGGGACAUGUACCAGGCUGGCUGCUCCAUGAGACUGCUCAACCCUCAGACGUACAGCAGGAAUGUGUGGAAAGUGCUUUCUGUUUUGCAAGAAUAUUUUGGCUGUUGUGUCGGGGCCAACAUCUACCUCACACCACCAGGCACUCAGGGUUUUGCUCCACAUUAUGAUGACAUUGAAGCUUUUAUCAUCCAGCUGGAAGGGAAGAAACACUGGAAGCUGUAUAAUCCAAGAACUGAUGAGGAAGUUCUUCCACAGUACUCUAGUGAAAAUUUUUCUCAGUCAGAAGUUGGUGAGCCCAUUCUUGAUGUUACUCUUGAAGCAGGAGAUUUGCUUUACUUCCCUCGAGGCACAAUUCAUCAGGGAAAUGCUACUGACGAACAUUCUUUACAUAUCACAGUCUCCUGCUACCAGAUGAACUCUUGGGGUGAUCUGUUGAAAAAGCUACUGCCUGCAGCUAUUGAUCUGGCUGUUUCAGAGAAUGUGGAGUUUAGAACAGGCUUGCCUCGAGAUUACCUGAAUUAUAUGGGCAUUGUCCAUUCUGAGAAGGAUCUUCCAGAGAGACAGGGGUUCAUGGACAAGGUUCAGUCGUUGAUUAGGACCAUGAUGGAGACUUUGCCUCUGGACUCGGCAUGUGAUCAGAUGGGAAGACGACUUAUGCACGAUGCGAUGCCUCCUGUCCUGUCAGAAGCUGAGAAAAGCUGCAGCGUCCACAGUGCCGGUGAGAGGUGGGAUGUGGGCUUCAACAGAGUGGUGGGCGUGUCCGAACUGACACCCACGACCCUAGUAAAGCUGAUCAGGAGAGGGGCUUUGAGAUGGCCCCAGCGGUAGAGUGUUUAAUCAAUGCAUAUCCGGAAUACACAGCUGUGGAGAGUCUUCCUCUGGAAAAUGUGCCUGAUCAGUUAAACAUUGUGUCUAUGCUGUACGAGAAAGGUUUGCUGAUUACCUCGGAACCUCUGGAGAUAACGUAUGAUGAGCCGGGAAAUGAAACAGAGGAUGACGAUUGAGAGAUACUGGAUGGAGAUAAUUGACAGGAAUGAUGGUUGUGGUGUCAUCUUUUGCCAAAUUGAUUUCCUUCUUGAAGGAAUGUGUAAUUUUUGUUUAUCACUUAGUUUGUGUGCCUGUUGUUCUGUCUGUUUGCCCUGCUUGGAGACGUUGCAGGUGGGAAAUCCAGGACUUUGUCUCUUUUCCUAAUGAUUUAGAUUUGCUGAAAUAUUUUGCUAUUAGGAUGCAGACAUAUUGUUUUAUUAGAGAAAAAAUGCUUGACCCAGCAGUGUCUGUGCAGUGACAGAGUUGGGAUGAUUUUGAGGACUGAGGUAUUGAUAUCUCUGGUGUAGCGGUUAGGCACUCUGCUGUUGGAUGCAGAGACCAGAGUUUGAUUUCUCAGUAGGGAAAAAUUUUCAUCUUAGGUCUCUCUGCUGGGAUGUUGUAUCCCUCUCAGUCAGGGUUGACCUUCACAGGCAUGGUCAGAAGCCUGCCUCGUAAACUAUCUAAAUUGUGUCAGUGGGGGUAUUAAAAACACUAGAUCUACAUUUUUUUAAAAGACAGAAGUGAGGUUUCUUCCUCUUUGUGGAUAUUUACUUAACCCUCUUAACGCUAGCUCUAUGAUGAUGAAAUGCCAAAACUGCUAAGUUUUUAAAACAAUUUUUAGGGUAUCCUUUCAAAUGUCCUGUUUUUCAUCAGUAAUUUCUCUACAUAACACCCAAAAACCAUACAUUUUCUGAAAGGUCCCAUUUUGAAUUUCACAGUAACACUAGCUGUCCAUUGAAAAUUUCUUGAUUUAUGCUAAUUGUCUCAUUUGCAUGUCUAAGAUUAGACAUUCAAUAUCACAAUAUUUGAUGACACAAUAAAGAUGACACAAAAACACUUCA